AUGCGUAGACGACGUACUGUCAUUCAAAAUUUAACUACUGAUUUUGUCGAACACAACAUCGGUUCCAUGACCGAAAUUGGUAGUUUUUGUGCUGCUCACUUCUGGGCAGAAGAAAAAAAUUCCUGUGGGAAACAUAACAAAUGCUGCCAUGAUGGAAAAAUCAAGUUGGAAGAUUUAACUAUCAUUCCUGAUUUGUUUAAACAUUUACUCUGUGACAAUUCCAUCGAGGCCAAAAACAAUAGGGAUCACAUCGCUGAAUAUAAUGCUGAUCUUGCAUCAUUUGGAGCACAGAUAAAGCCACCUUCUGGAGACCAUAUUGUUUCCGCAUUCACGGUCAGAUUUAUCACAUGCGAAGCUACCGACAGACGCAUGGAUAAUGACAGUGGAUGUUUACGGUCUGUGAUGGAGCAGUUAGAUUAUUUAUCAAAACAAAUAAAUCCUUUUGUUGCAUCAUAUCAUCGAAUGCAUAAAUUAAUCCAAUCAAAUCCUACAACAGAAGUCAAGUUGGUUUUCAUGGAAGAUCCCAAUUCUGAUUUGAGGCGAUACAAUGCUCCAACUUCAAAAACUGAGGUAGCAGCAAUAUUUAUCCAAUGGUUUAUCCUCUACUUUUUCCUAGGGGAGAGAGUGGUUGGCAUCGUGGAAGAGCGCCGCACUGCCAAACGUAACAGAGUUACUCAGCUACAAUACUAUGCCUACAGAUUUGCAAUUAGACACAGUUUCAGUCUUCACUGUAAUGGGAAACUUUUUCAGCAGUUUGUUGUUGAUGCAUGUGUCAAAACUGAAGGAUCGAGAUUGAACUAUUUGCGAAUUAAUCAAACGAAUUUAAGAAUAGAAUUGUACCAAGGUCUGUUGGACGCUCUUCAAAAUGAGGCAUACUCAAAUCACAAGAAGCUGGGAAAGUUGAUAAUAUUACCUUCCACUUUUCAAGGAUCUCUUCGCUCCGUGCAACAAAAUUACCAGGAUGCAAUAGCAAUUGUGAGAAAAUUUGGUAGGCCAGAUCUUUUCAUAACUUUUACAUGCAAUCCGGCAUGGCCUGAAAUUUUGAGUGCAUUACAGGGUUGCCAGCGUCCUGAACAUAGACCUGAUAUUGUUGUUACAGGGUUCCCACGUCCUCCCGCCAUUCAGGACAUUGCAUGCUUUUUUAUCAAUAGUGCAGAAAAGGAGUCAAUAUAA